UUUGAUUAAUUUUUAUGAUACAUAUUUAAUAAUUUUAUACCUUUGAUAUUUGUUGUGUAGUGUAUUUGGAAGGGUAGAAGGUUGGUGAUGGGGCCAUGGCAAUCCAUAUUUUCACACCCACCUUUUAUUCUUUUCGUUUAUUUGUUUUUUUCAGGCUUUUCUUUUCCUUCACUUCAACUACUGUUGUCGACACCUUUUGUUUUUCCACGAUUUUGAGUGCCCAUUUCUUGAAAAGAUCCUACUCGACCUUUUGCUACUCUUUCUCUGAUAUGGCCAGGGGUAGAGGUAAAGAAGAUGCACGUAAUGCUGAUCGUGGUGUUUUGACGGGUACAGGUAGAGGCCGAGGCCGAGGUGAUCCAGAAAUUGUUCGUGGUCGCGGCACUAUAGCCACUGCACCUUCUUCAGCUGACUUUAGAGCCCCUGCACUAACUCCAACAAUCCCUUGCUAG